AUGAAGUUGUAUUCCACACUCACAGCCUACAUAGUCGAAGAUGACGGGUAUCGACUCAUUUGUUCCAAGAUUGACGGCAAACUAUCUGUGGAUUCAAAAGCCGACAUUAUACCUAUGGACGCUGAAGAAAUAUGUGAUAUCAUAUCUGUUAUUGGACGCUUAGAUAUUGAUGGCACUAAUUAUUUGCUUUUCGUCAGCGAAAGUACAGUGGUUGCGGAGUUCAUUCAACUUGAUAAGAAAAGUUCGGUGUAUCGGAUUGAUCGGGUCAAAGCUAUUCCUCUAGAUUCCAAUGUACCAUUAGAUAUAGCUGCGACCACAGCUCCAUUGCCGUCCGAAGCAGCAGCUACUCGCCGCAACAGCCCGAAAUCUGGAGUUUUACUCGACGAAGUGCUUCGACUUUUUAAUGACCAUCCCGACUUCUACUUUUGUUUUGGUAGAGACAUUACGCACACCACCCAUAGACAUUUCUCAUCAUCUGGAUCUGAUCCUGAUGAACGAUUCUUUUGGAAUAAGGUGUUACUCAAGGACUUGCUCGAAGAGACUGUUGAUAAAGAUCUAGCGAAAAGAUGGAUCGUACCAGUUACGCAAGGAAGUGUAUUAUGUGAUAUAUUGACAGUUGGAGAUGAUCCUGAAAGUCCUGCCUUACUGAAAAUCACUUUGAUUUCUCGACGAUCAGUUCAUCGUGCUGGAGUAAGAUACUUGCGGAGAGGUAUCGACUGCGAAUCGAAUGUGGCGAAUUUCGUUGAAACAGAAUUGAUUCUCGAUAUUUUUGGCCACCACUUGUCGUUUGUUCAAGUACGUGGUUCGGUUCCGAUUUUCUGGAGUCAAAAAGGCUUCAAAUAUCGGCCACCUUUGACUGUAGAUAAGAACUUGGAUGAAAGUGUUCCGUACUUCACAACUCAUAUGCAGGAGCUGCUUGAUCGAUAUGGUGCCCCGUUAGUUGCUGUGAAUUUAGUCGAUCAAGCCGGAAGGGAACUUAAACUUGCUACAAGUUUCAUAGAGGUGAGAUUAUUCCUUUAUAAUGCUGUUAAAGUCCUCGUCUUCAUUGUUUUUCUUGCGAGCCGAAUUGGCCCUAAGCAAUAUGCCACCAUUAGAUUUCCACAUGCUGUCAAAAUGGAUUGUCCAGAUCUCUAUCUUGUAUCAUUUGAUCUUCAUCGUCAUUGUCGAGGCCUUAAAUUUGACAAGAUUAAUAAUCUUAUUGGCAAAUUGGAGGAAUUACUAACGCAAAUUGGAUAUUGUUGGGUCGACAAGACAGGUGAAAUAGUCAAAACUCAAAAAGGGAUUGUACGGACAAAUUGCGUGGAUUGCCUUGAUCGGACAAAUGUGGUGCAAGGUGCGAUAUCUCAAUGGGUCUGUAUGCGUCAAGCACAACGGCUUGGAUUGUUUGGUCCGCUUUGUGAACCGCCAGAAGCUUUAGUCACCCUUCUGCAGAACAUGUGGGCCGAUAAUGGAGACGCAAUAUCCACUCAGUAUGCUGGUACAGCUGCUCUAAAAGGAGAUGUCACGAGAAGUGGGGAAAGACGGCUAGCUGGAAUCAUGCGCGAUGGUUACACUAGUGCAUCUCGAUAUUAUCUUUCUCAUGUGAGAGAUUCUAGUCGGCAGAAGGCCAUCAAUGCGCUUUUGGACUACAAGGACCAAGGUUCCGAAUCAAUGGUAGACACUGAUUCCGAAUCCGAGGAAGACGAAAAUGUGUGUCGACUCGUAGCUGAAACUAUACAUUUUCUUUUACCUGAAGGAGAAGUAGUUGUAGGAGGCUGGGCUCUCUGUAGUUCUCAGCAAAGCGCAGAUUCGAUCGACACAAUACUACUUCUCACAAGGAACACUUUGUACAUUGCUGUAUACGAUGACGACUUUGAGAAACUUGAAGAUCUUAAAAUUGUUCCACUUGAGAACGUCAUUUCGAUAGAGGUUGGUCGAUCUUCACGAUCUGGUCGAUUCUACUUAAGGCUGACUUGUGUCGAGGAUAGCUGGAUGUGGCGAGCUGGAAGAACUCGUUUGUUCAAUAACAUCAGCGUCACUAUCAAUUUGUGCAUUGGAAAGGAUGUUCCUGUUCAACGGUUAGAGCGACUUUCAUUGCCGAGAUCUGGAAAUACAGCAAAGCGUGAUUAUUCAGCAGACGAGGAUCGCGGAGGUCUUGCAGCAAAAUCGGAUGUACCGGAAGCAACGCUUAUUGACUUCGAAAUAGUCGAUACAGAUUGCUCGGCAUCAAAAUCAACCGCGAACUUUCAAGAUGAUAUGAGUUCCAAUAACGGAGCCACAUUCACUCCACAGGUUGUUGAUGGAAUCCAUUUUUAA